AUGUCGCGCGCAACUUCGCGGCCGCCGACGCGGCUGCCGCUGCGAGUGAAGAAUGUGGGUGGAGAGGACGCGGGCGACGUGUUUGGGCGCGGGUCAAAGACCGACGUGCUCGGCACGCCGCCGCGCAAGCGUGCGGUGCCCGCCGACGAAGUGCAUGUGCGGAACCUGCCCGAGUACGCGAGCGGCAAGCGCAGUCGCGCGCACCGCACACACGAUGUGAGCGCCGCGCGUGGUGAAGCCAAGACGCUACGUAUUGACCAUGCGACGCGCUUGAGCAAGGAGGAGCGCUACCACCGCGAGCACCAAAAAGCGCAGAGCCAGCGCCAGUGGAAGGAGGCGUUUGUGCGUGCCUUUCCGAAGCUCGUCUUUUACCUGGACCAUGUUGAUGCGGCGCAGAAAAGCGUGUUUACGUCGCAGAUCCAGCAGCUUGGCGGGCGCGUCGAAGACUUCUUUUCACGGAGCGUUACCCAUGUUGUGACUACACGACAGAUUCCCGUCCAAACAGAAAAGGAGAACGACGCGCGGCGCACCAAGACGCGUGCGGGUAUCGCGCCGCCGCGCAUCGUGACGAACCCAAGCCAGGCGAGCAUUCCGCUGCACUCGGACAAGAACCCGCUCGACGACGGCGCGCCGGCGCUGCCGGCCAGCGACCUGCUCUGCAAGGCGCAGCACUUUGGCAUGAAAAUCUGGCGGCAGGACAAGCUGCAGAACAUUUUGUCGCUCCUCCUCGCCGAGGACGCGCCGGCGGACGAUACGCGCCAGAACCUCUCAGAAAUGCUGCACCAAGAAAAGCUGCACGGCACGACGGAACGCGAUCCGCUUGCGCUGCGCAGCGACUACCACUACUUCGGCAAGCACAGCUACUAUGUGCUCGUGACGGACGCCACGAACGAGCACCGCCCGAUCGCCAUCAGCGAGUACGACCGCACGGCGCACGAGGCGCAGCACAAGCCGCCGCCGUGGCCGGUGCUGUACGGAGACGUAGAAGGGCGGGGGCUCUUUGUCUACGUCAAGCCCAAGGACCGCGAACGCCUGGCGCUCCAGGACGCUCCGCCGGCGCGCCCGGCGCACCUCUCGCUGCGCCGCACCGCCUCGCUGAACCUUGCGGGCAUAUACCAGCGUGCACCGGACUCGUCCAUCGCGCCGGGCACGCCGAACCUGAUGGCGUCGGACAACAGCAUCGCGCUCGCGUCGACCGUCGCGUCGACCACCUCGACGACGCUCCACAGCCAGGGCACGCAGCCGGGCAACGCAAUGGGCGAUAAGCGCCUCGCGGAGCUUACGCGGCGCAUGCACACGCCGGUCGAUCUGAAGCAGGGCGCCGUCGUGCGCCGCAUGCUGGAAGAAGGGCCGGGGCUGCGCCGGACUAAGAGCACCAACAACGUGCCGCGCGAGCCGCGCAUCAAGGAAAAGCGCCCGGGACACUGCGAAAACUGCCGCUGCCGCUUUGAGGACUUUGACGAACACACACGCAGCCGCCGCCACCGCAAGUUUGCGAUGGACGAGUCCAACUUUGUCGCGCUCGACGAGCUGCUCCAGCGCGUGCAGCGCGAGCCGACAGAGAACGGCAUGUGGAACGACUAUACGCACCAGGACACGUACGAUGGCGAGGCAGGGGCGUACGCUGCGCACGACGAGUAUGUGCACGACGAGUACGUGCACGACGAAUACGUGCACGACGAGUACGUCGCCGGCAGCGACGAGGCUGCCGAUGCGCUGGAUGGCGUGGUCGUCGACGAGCGCGAGCUGGACGGCGAGCCACUGGCCGAGGGCCAAUGCGAUGUGCAGGCCGACGACGCGCUCCAGGACGAGCGUGGCGAUCCUAGCGCCGAGUGCGACGCCCGUGCGGCCGACCUUGCCGAGCCCGAGCAAACGGAUGCCGAGCAUGUCGGUGCCGAGCCAGGCGAGCGCGGUGCCGACCCGCUUGCCGUGUGCGAGCCAAGUGGAAACGACGAGCUCUCGACCGAUCCGUUUGUGCAGCGUGACCAAGCCAAGGCCGACGAGCAUGCCGUGGGUGUCUCUGGCGAGCAGCGCCCGCUCGAGCACGGCAGCGAGCCCGUCAAGAGCACGCACACACGCGCGGACCACGCGUCGGCGGACGCGACCGAGGACACGCGAGCGGCGGCGGACAAGGACGUGAUGACUGUCUCGGCAGAGCCUGCUGCAGCGGCAUCGACCGAGCUGCCUGCGCCUGCCGCGAGUGCCGCGUCAGGCUCGCCGUACGAGGCGCCCGGCACUCCGUACUUUGCUCCGCAAGUGCCGCCGAUGGGCCCCUACCCCGCGCAUGCCUUCUAUGCCCCGGCGCCGUACAUGAUGCCUGCCAACCCGAUGUACACGAUGCCGAUGCAUGUCUAUGCCCCGAGCGCGCAAGCGCGCCCCAUGUACUUUGGCCCGCCACUGCACGACAUGACGACGGACAUGCAGCGUGAGCCGCAGGCCGAUGCAGAGCGCUCCGUGUCGCCGUACGCCCCGCCGUACGCUCCCUAG